AUGCAUGAAACUUCAGAAGCUCAUAUUAUGGCUUCGAUAAAAGCAGCAUAUAGGCAAGUUGAAUAUCCUCUUAUACAUUCUAUGAAAGAAUCCUCCAUUGCUAAUAUUGCUUUUAAUAAAGAAAUUGUUAAACACUUAAUUGAUUUAACAAUGUAUCUAGGCAGACACUCUUUACCUUUUCGAGGUCAUAGAGAAGGAUGGCAAGAAAAUAUUCGAGGUAAUUAUAAAGAUUUGGUUUUACUUCUUGCAAAAUAUUCGCCUGUUCUAUCUUCUUAUGUUACAAGUGUUGAGUUAAAAGGAAGAAAAACUUACAAUUUUAUAUCUUGGCAGAGACAGAACCAACUAAUUGAAGCCAUUUAUAGAAAUAUACAUGAUGUAAUUAAAAAAGAAAUCUUAACUGCUGUAUUUUUUAGUAUUUCAUUAGACACGACAUUCGAUGUAUCACGAAAAGAACAACUAUCUUUAGUCAUUCGCUAUAUCAACAAAGAAAAUGGCACUGUUUGUGAAAGACUUGUUGCUCUACGUGAGACUGUCCUGACUACUGGAAAACAUUUAUUAACAAUGUUGGAUACAAUUUGUUUAGAAAUGAGUUUAGAUUGGAGAACAAACCUUGUUGGUCAAUCAUAUGAUGGGGCAGCGUCCAUGAAAGGUUCCUAUAAUGGACUUCAAUCUCUUGUUAAAAAAGAAAAUCCGUGUGCAGUGUACGUUUGGUGCUGGGCUCAUCGGUUUAAUCUAGUUGUUGUUGAUGCUGUUAGCUGUUGCAUAGAGGCUCGAGAUUUAUUUGGAUAUUUAGAAACUUUAUAUGAUUUUAUAGGAAGUAAUGACCCUAUGACAGAUAGAGUUUCAAGUGUUAAAGCUGGAAGCUUACUUGAUUACUUAUUGCAAGAACGAUUUUUAUUAACAGCACUUAUCUUCAAAAAAAUAUUUGAUAAAACUAGUACUCUUAGUAAAUGUCUGCAAAGUGUUGAUAUUGAUUUAUGUUCUGCUAUUAGCCAUGUUCAACAAACUCUUAAUACUAUCAAGACAUUCAGAAAAUUUUCUUUUACACCAUUGCCUGUCAAUAGAAUUCGUCGUACUAAAAAAAUGCCUGGGGAAAUCUCUUCCGAUCAACGUAUAAUUGACCAAAUAGAAAAUUUUAAAGUCAAUACUUUCUAUACGAUUCUCGAUAUUACCACUACUCAAAUAACUACAAGGUUCAAUGAAGAAACAAUGCCAUUUUUUAAAGACUUAAGUCUAUUUUCACAUAAACGGUUAAGAGAAGUGGCUGAGACCAAUAUUAUACCGAAAGAUGCGUUCAAAGGGUUUUCGGAAGUAUACGGUAAAUUUGUUGAUGAGGAAUCUUUAAAACACGAAUAUAUUCAGUUCUCCAAAUCAUACUUUGAUUUUGAAAAAAUAAUGAAUCUACCAGUAAAAUUUGAUGACACCAACAAGGAUUCUUGGAUACAAUUUGAUACUGAUGGCGAUGAUGAUGAUGAUGAUGGAUUAAAAGAAAUAUUCCCAACCAUGUACACAGCACUGAGUAUUUCUGUUACCCUACCAGUAUCUAGUGCUUCACCUGAACGAGCGUUUUCAAAAUUAAAAUUAGUGAAAAACCGUUUAAGAAGCACUAUGUCAGAAGAUCGAUUGGAAGCACUUAUGAUAAUGGCAUGUGAAUUAGAUAUACAAAUUGACACAGAAUGUGUGAUCAAAUACUUUGCUUCCAAUAGUUCAGUUCUUGCUAAGCUGCUUACUUAA